AGACAUAACCGAACGUGACAGACAAGAAAUAACCGGAGAUAACCGAAAGCAAGAGAGUGUGACAUUGAUCGAUUCAAUGGCGGACAUAGCGAUUUUAGUGGCGGAGGAGUAUGAAAGGAGGGUGAGACAGACGGCUGAUUCGAAAUCGGCGUCACUGGAAUUCGAUUGGUGGAAAAAUGUUCCGGCGAAGAUGACAAUAGGAGUCAACGAGAAGAAGAUAGAGAGUUUCAUGAAGAAGUUUGAGGCUAAAUCUCAGUUUGCUCUCGCCAUCUCACAUGGCUUCUUCUCUGCUUGAUACAUACUUUGUUCAUAAUCUAAUUUCGUUUCCUAAUCUUUCUGCUUUUUUUUUUUUUUU